GUAUUUAUUUAACAGCGAAAGAGACAGAAUUAUCGGAGCAGUCUUGACACGAAGAGAUCUGACUGGCAAAGAAUUAAAAAUAAGCGGCGGAGCGCAAGUGUGGCCCGAAGCCAUGACUCUUGAUUACCUGAACAAGCGAGUUAUCGUUCUUAUCCGGGCGGGUUACUUUGUUUCAAUGGAUUAUGAUGGUGGAAACAGAAUUGAGAUCCCUAUUGAUCGGUCACUUUAUUCUGGUCUAUUUUCCGAAAUUGGAAGUUCGAUGUACUUUCGGACAGAAAUUGCGCCUAUCAUUGUUGAAAUGAAUGUGACCAGCUGGGAUAUAUUUCGUUACGUUCGGUUAGUAAAUGGCUACCCAAUGAAACUUAUUGUCGUGGACAAAUCCCUGCAACCUGAAG